AUGCUGGUGACGGCUUGGGAGUUAGUUAGUGCAAUUGGUCAUUUUAGCAUGAAAAUUGAUAAUGAUGAUAACGAUUCAGUGGAAUUUUGGAAAGAUCCUGUAUGGGUUAAUGGAACAAAAAGAGAAAAGGCCGAAUUAUUGGCUAAGGAAGCAGGUUUAAAAGCUAGAAUUGUGGAAUUAGAACAAACUUUACAAGAUUAUGAAGCUAUGUUGGCAAAUCUAGAGCAGAAAAAAUAUGAAAAGGCUAUUAUUCAUAUGUUUAGGAUAGAUUAA